CUAUCUCACAUUUUAAAGAGCAGGCAUGAAUCGAAUGCUUGAUUUGAAUUUGAAAUUAAACCAAUUGCAAAUUCAAAUUAAUAUUGAAACAAGUCACGAAUGUUUUCUUUUUAUUAUAUAGUACAUACACCGAGAUAGCCUGAAGGUGCCUGUGCAUAUAGUAUGUUUCUACUAUAUGUAGGAGGAUAGUAGAUGUAUACAACUUAUUGGUAAUAUAAAUUACUCUCUUAUAUAAUCAACAGUCAGAGUCUCAAUUAUCAGCCAAUUAAAUAAUCAUAUAGAUAGAAUAGCCAUGGCAACAAAUGUUUUGUUGAUUACAUAAUCUCAAGUAUGUAUUAUUUAAAGAAGCACUCUUAAGUGUCCAUCUGCUUCACCCAAUGGAGACCAGAUAAUGUGAACGGUGUAUAUUUUCACAGAUUUUCAGGAAGUCAACUCUCAUGACAGGCUAGAGGGAGUGCCUGUGCCUUUAUUUACUCCGCCUUAUGAUGCUACAGACCAUGUGUAACAGGGACAGGAAAGGCACAUGUUCAACAGGCUUACUUACAGCAACACGCUCUGAUCAGAGGUAUAUUUGAAAACAUAGUCACAUGGUUUGAAAGGAAAAAAAAAAUGAAUGUAAGUGAGAGGAGGAAAUGAGAACAGUACGGCAGCAUACUUACCUGGCACAACUUUACUUUCACAUUAUGCUCACACGCCUCUGUCCCAUGAAUUUAACUGACACAUCUGUACACUUGGGCACCUGUUGGAGGAACUGACCUGGCCUUUGUGGCCUCACUGAAGGAGAUGACACAGAACGGUAUUGUAACCGGCAAUGGCACUCAUACUGACGCUCUCAAAAUUGUGAUCGUUGGAGAUGGGGGUUGUGGAAAGACAUCUCUGCUCAUGGUGUAUGCCAAAGGAGAUUUCCCAGAGAAAUAUGCUCCAUCUGUGUUUGAGAAAUAUGUCACCACUGUGUCUUAUGGAGGGAAAGACAUUCAGUUGAAUCUUUAUGAUACAGCAGGCCAAGAAGACUAUGAUCGCUUGAGGCCACUCUCCUAUCAAGAUGUAAACCUCGUUAUCAUCUGUUAUGAUGUGACAAAUCCAACUUCUUUCGAAAAUGUGACGAUAAAGUGGUUCCCGGAGGUCCGUCAUUUUUGCAAGGACGCGCCCAUCGUCCUCAUAGGGUGCAAGACAGACCUGCGAAAGGACAAGGAGAGAACAAGAAAACUCAAAGCCUUAGAUUUGGCCCCCAUCACCUACCUCCAGGGCGAAGAGACCCAGAAGCAAAUGAAUGCUGAAAUAUACCUGGAGUGUUCAGCUAAAUAUAGAGAAAACGUGGAGGACAUUUUCAGAGAGACAACCAAGCGGGCGUUAGCAGCAAGGUCUAAAGCUAAACAUGCCCUCAAAAAGAAGAAACGCUGUGCUAUUCUUUGAUCAGUGCUGGAAGAACUGAUGCCUAAAACUCAUUUUCUCCAUUCACUUUUUCUAUACUUGAACUACAAUAUGUUGUCUCAAAAGUAUUUUUCAUAAGCACAUGAGGAGUGUUUUCUCACAGUCUUGCCAGCAAGAUAGGCUUAGUAUUUGAUGGCAGAUAACACUCGAAUGAUCGAAACCACACCCUUCUGUGUUACUGAUAUGACUUGCUGGAAUCUUGUCUUCCACAACUGUGGAUUUAAUAAGAGACCAACAAAAAUAGAGAACAUGCUGCUGUUGUUUCAGAGAAGACCACAAAUUGUGGUCUCGUUUUAUGUAUGGUGCCCCUUUGGUUACAAUUAGUUGUUUUUUUUUAUGAUGGUUUACUGUUUUAACAUGGAACUAAUAUAAUUUAAAUCAUGUAAUUUUGUAACUCCACUUAUUAUCCAUUGGGCUAUAUUGUCUUUUUUAAAAACUGAGGUAGAAGAGAGCUUUACUGAGAAUGUGCGGCAUAAUUCAUCUCUCAGUUUUAAAUGUAAAAAAAAAAAAUGCUGAGUUACAAUAUUGUGACAUUCAUGGGCUUCCAAAUCUCUUUGAUUGUCAAUGUUUUCAUAUGUAUAUAUUUAGAAAUAUCACAUUAACUUUAGACCAUAACCAUCUUGCCACUGUAACUAGAAUUUUUAUUUUAUUUUUAGUGCUCACAUGUUCGAAUCUCAUCCAGGGGCCAGAAAGUGUUGAUUAGAUAUCAUAUUUAAUGCAAACAAUUGGUGUUUUCCUCCAUCUGCUUAGAUUGUACAAAUAUGAAAUCAUAUUUUUAAGUUCUAGAUUGUGUGUAUUAUAUAUUGUAUUUAAAAAAAAAUUGUGAAACAGGUUUGAUUCACUGCUACAACUCAAGUCAUUAUUGCCAUAUUUUUUUGUGUAGGCCUAUUUUCAGCCUGAACCAUAAACAAAAAACAAACUGCAGCCAUGUGCUGGUUUCAAAUUGGCACAAGCAGACAAAUGAUAGUGAAGUGAAGUUUGAGUCUUUGAUUUCCCUGCAAAACAAACUUGGUUAGAAUACAACAAAGAUCUCAUUGUGGUUUAUACAACAACUCCAGCUAACAGCAGGAUGUGACCGUGGUAAUAGAAGCCUUCAUACACUGUUGCUCGACACAAUGAGAGACUUAAAUGUUUCUUCAGCUUUGAAUUAUUUAAUGUUCAUGUUAAUUUUUAUGUGGUUAGCAUUUUUAUGAGGCACAUAUAUUCAUUUAACAAUUUUCUAGCUUGUUAGUUAUAAAUAUUCAAGCAAUUUCAAGUCAUUUUUAUUUUAUUUUAUGUAUAUUACUAUAGCAAUAAUGCCAGUGGCUUGACUUGUAUCUUCCGGGCCCCUUCCUUGGGGGGACCUUUGUCGUUUUUCAUCACCCAUUGGCCCACAGUCAUUUUUAUGGUUACUUUUGGUUGACCGUUGCUGGCCCCUCUCACCCCAUGCCCUAGGGCGGCUGCCUACCCUGCCCUCCCUCUAGUUAUGCCUUGAACAAAGUUUUUUUUUCUCAUUAAAAACAUUUAUUCCUAAAGAAAUGUAUAGCACUUUUGAAACAUAUUUAUAAAAUAAAGAAAACU